AUGCAAGACUCUACAAUUAAAUGUGUCAAUAUUGGAGAUACAGGUGUUGGUAAAACGUGUGUUCUCGUCUCGUACACUGAAAAUGAAUUCCCUGAAGAACACGUUCCAACUGCCUUUGAUAACUUUACAUCGAUUGUUGAAUAUAAAAACAAUCGAUACAAUGUACAAUUAUGGGAUACAAGUGGACAAGACAAUGAUUCCAUGAGACCCAUCUCAUACAAUGGUGCUCACAUCUUUCUCAUUUUCUUUUCAUUGGUGGAUCGAAAGAGUUUUGAAAGAGUUCGAGAGAAAUGGGUGAAAGAAUUAGAAGAAACCAAUCAUAUUGAUUUACCAUAUAUUAUUGUUGGUAAUAAGGUUGAUUUGAGAGAUGAUUCACAAUUAUUGAAACAAUUAGGAGUCACUAAUCCUGUCACUAAAAAGGAAGGUGAAGAAUUAGCAAAGAAAGUUGGAGCUUUACAAUAUAUGGAGUGUUCUGCAAAAACACAAACAGGUUUGGGUGAAGUCUUUGAAGCUGCAGUGAAGGCUGUCGUGGAUGAAGAAUGGAAGAAACAAAAUGAAGCCAUUAAAAAGAAGAAGGAUAAAGGUGGAAAGUGUAAUAAACAAUAA